AUGCUGGGAAAGUGUGUGGGCAUUUGGCCGAAACAGAGUGCGAAACGAAAGUUCCUGUGCGCAAGAUAUAAAGGACAACAGGAGGAGUCAAUACUGUUCCCCAUCACGGAGAAUUUCGAGACGCUUUGUCAUAUUGACAAUGAACAAGUCGGUAUUGAAGUAUGUGUGACCACGUCUGAUUCGUCGGUUGCCAUCCAUCUGUCGCCUUUCCAACAAGGAAUGGCACCGGUGUGUGUCAUGAACAGUCUCAAGGUACCUGUCACGUUCGGACAGAAGGGCCAUGAAAUGAAGACGGUUAACAGCAAUGAAAUGAUGUACUUCACAUGGGCCAAUGUCACUAAGAACAAGGUCAUGGAG